UUAUGUAGGUUUUUUGUGAUGGACAAGGCGGCUCCAAGCAAAGAUUCGAAGAAGCUCGAAGUUGAUGGACAUUGCGACCUGAGUGAUGCACCAGUGAAUCUGGAGGCGCUGAGGGAUAAAAACAGGGCCGCGCUUAGGGACAUAUUCCGGAAAAUAGAUAGCGGGACGGGAGAGAGCAAGGCGUUUAUUUUGGAGCAAGAAUUGGUUGGUUUGUUGGGACAGAUAGUAGAGGUGGAUUUUCUGAAGAACCAGGGGAUUGAGAAGUUUUUUUUUUUGUCAGGCGAAGGACUCGAAAUACCGAGCGAGCUUAGUUGCGUGGUGUUUUUCAUUCGUUUUGAUUUGAGAAAUGUGAGGGUUCUAGCAAAGCAAGUGAAGAUGUUGAGGGCUCGAAACAGGUCGCUUUGGGUUAUUGCCAUUCCCAGAUUACCGUUUGUGUGUGAAAGAGUGUUGGAAGAAGAACAGGUGAUUGAGGACAUUCAAGUGUUGGGUCUCGAACUAUACUUGAUUCCAUAUGAGUCCGAUGUGUUGUCAAUGCAGGUGUGCACAUCUUAUCGAGAUUGGAUGGUAGAGGGCGAUCCCAGCAUAUUGUAUGAUGUGGCAAGUGGAUUGAUGAAAUUGCAGAUGCAAUGCGGCAUCAUACCCCAUAUCAAGGGAAAGGGCGUAGCCUCCCGACAAGUUGCCAACAUGCUGGUUCAAAUGCGUUAUCAAAUGCCACCUGAAGCUUUUUUUCGCGAUUUGCCAGAAAUUACGCAGCUUGUUUUGUUAGAUCGCGUGGUCGAUCCAGUGACGCCGUUGCUGACGAUGCUGACCUAUGAAGGCCUGAUUGAUGAGUUUUUUGGAAUUCAUGACGGCUGCGUUAAGCUUUCCAGCGAGAUGGUGCUCACCGAACAGCAGAUCAAGACGCAGACGCAGCAAGGUGUUGAACUGCCUAAAAAGAUCAAAAUUAUGCUAAACAACCAAGACGCCAUUUUCUCUGAAAUCAGAGACCUCAAUUUCUCACGCGUAGGCAAAUUACUCAGUCAAAAGGCAAAACUCAUCGACGAAUAUUAUAAAAAAAGACAUAGCUCACAAACCACUCAUUCUCUGAAAAGUUACGUUCAGCAAUUCUCGGAUUAUCAGAAAAAGCACAAAUACCUGCAUGUGCACACCAAUAUGGUUGAAAAGCUGCUUACGUGGAUUCGAGACUCGAAGUUCCAUGCUCAACUGGAAGCAGAACAAAAUCUCCUGGCCAAAGAUGGAAACUCGGAGCUCUCAAUUAGCUAUUUAGAGGAUUGCAUCUGUCAGCGAGAGCCCCUGCCUCGCAUCCUCAGACUGCUUUGUCUCUUGUCUCUCUGCACAGGCGGACUCAAGGAGAAGACUUACAACUUCUUCGUCAAGGAGAUUAUCCAAACUUACGGGAUCGAGCAUCUCUUCACUCUCAACAACCUUGGAAAAAUGGGACUCUUGUGUAAGUACGGUGAAACCAAACCUGCCAACUGGUUUAGUAACGCACGUCAAAUGUUCAACUUGAUUAUUACAGAUCCCGAUGAACAAGAACCACCUGACAUGGCUAGCAUCUAUUCUGGCUAUUCCCCGCUAAGCGCAAAAAUAGUCAUGAAGGCGUGCUCCGAUCUAGACGAAAAAAGCGCCUCUGAGGAUGGUCUCCCCGACUGCGGUAACGACGUCAUCACAGAAAAUUGGAAGAGCGCAAAAAAUAACUUCAUACAAAAUAUGCCUGGGGGACCCACUUUCUGUCUCAAUCAGAAACUAGACCCAAGCACAAUGCUUGCCAUAUCGGAGAGGAAGCAACAAGAAGACCGGCCACACACUGUAUUUGUGUUUUUCAUAGGAGGAAUCACAUUCGCCGAAAUAUCUGCGUUGAGAUGGAUCAAAAAACACAGAAAGAUAAACAUGAUCAUAGGCACUACCAAUUUCGUGAACGGCAACACUCUGAUUGAAUGCUCGUUUGAAAAAAUAUAAAUUUCGUGAUUGACGAAACCGCUAGACUUGCCGAAAGGCACGCUGUCAAGCAUAAAAAUCACGUGUACACGGCUAUUGCGGGGCUUCAGUUGU